GUUUUCCAGCCAUACUCUCCGUCCUCUCACCUAAACCAAUUAAAAACCCGCUGCCUGCCUCAACCUCACUUUCCUAUCCACCUUCACUCUUUCCAAUUCUCACCCCCACCCCCCAAUAAAAUCCCACCUAUAUAAAUCCCUCUAAACACCUCCAUUUCACUCCAUCACCAAAACAAACCCAAAUAACCUUCUCUCUCUCUCUCUCUCUCUAAAACACUACUCUCUAAUCAAAUGGCUUUUUUUUCGAAAGUUUCCACAUCAGUAGUACUAUUGCUAGCCAUCUCUCUUGUGGGUAGCUUGUGCCUUGUUGUUUCAGCUGGUAACUUCUACCAAGACAUGGACAUCACAUGGGGUGAUGGCCGUGCUAAGAUACUCAACAAUGGCAACCUCCUCACUCUCUCACUUGACAAAACCUCUGGCUCUGGAUUCCAAUCCAAGAACCAGUAUCUCUUUGGGAAAAUCGAUAUGCAACUCAAGCUUGUUCCCGGAAACUCUGCCGGCACCGUAACCGCUUAUUAUUUGUCCUCACAAGGCCCAACACAUGACGAGAUAGACUUCGAGUUCUUGGGGAAUUUGAGUGGUGAUCCUUACAUUCUCCACACCAAUGUGUUUAGCCAAGGAAAGGGAAACAGAGAGCAGCAAUUCUACCUAUGGUUCGACCCAACUGCUGAUUUCCACACCUACUCCAUCCUUUGGAACCCUCAAAGCAUCAUUUUCUCAGUAGAUGGGACACCCAUUAGAGAGUUCAAGAAUGCAGAGUCAAAUGGCGUUCCGUACCCGAAGAACCAGCCCAUGAGGAUAUACUCGAGCCUGUGGAACGCCGAUGAUUGGGCGACAAGGGGAGGGCUCGUCAAGACCGACUGGACGAAAGCCCCUUUCACUGCUUCCUACAGGAACUUCAAUGCCAACGCCUGCGUCUGGUCUAACGGAAAAUCCUCUUGCACCAGUUCAAGCAAGAGCUCCGCUAGUAAUUCAUGGUUUUCGCAACAGCUAGACUCCACAAGUCAAGGGAGGAUGAAAUGGGUGCAGAAGAACUACAUGAUUUACAAUUACUGCACUGAUGUCAAGAGGUUUCCUCAAGGACUUCCACAAGAAUGCAAAAUGUCCUAGAAAAGACACAGGGAUGAUCGAGGUUAAGAUCAAUGAUUUUGCCAAUGUUAUACCAGUGAAACUGAUUUGUUUUCCCUUUCAUUGUUUUCUAGGGUAGUUACAAAAAUUGGAUUCUUUAUUCUUGUGUCAUUGUGAUAUAUGGUUCUUGAAAUGAAUAAUACAAGUUGCUAUUUUCCAUUCA